GCAUACGCCCAGGCUGGGGAUGCGUAUAGGACUGCCGGUCUGAUGAUUUGUUUCCAAAUCAUCAUCUUGUUCCUGACCGACAGUCUGCUGGUUCGCGCGAGCAGCGGGUAGAGCUUCCCCCUCAGUGCGACGCCUUUACUUCUCGCCACUUUGUAGUGGUCGUUCCAUGCUGUGCCGUUGACGGUCAGCUUCUUUUCCGGGUUCCUGCCUUUGCCGUUCUUGCGGGCGAAUAGGAUGGCUUGCGUUUUUUCGCCAUUUAUGGCAAUCUUCCAUUUAUUCGCCCACUCGGCGAUGUCGUCAAGAUGACCCUGGACCCGUUUAACCGCCCAUGCCCGGGUUUUGGCCGACGCGACGAUGGCUGUAUCGUCGGCAAACUGGUAGUUGGCGGUCCUGGGGUCCUUCGGGAGAUCGUGGGCAUACAGGUUGUACAACAGCGGUGCAAGCGGGGAGCCUUGCGGGACCCCCGCGCUGAUGUACUCCGGAGCUGCCAAGUGAUCCUCGACGUGUACCUGGAAAGUCCUGUCUUCCAGCUUGUGCACCAGCCCCGCGUGCCACACCUUGUCAAAUGCCUUGGAGAUAUCCAACAGGGCCGCUGCUGCGACGAACCCUUUCCCCAGCGACGCUGCCACUUGCUCCGUGAGCCGGGUGGCUUGGAUGGACGUGGACUUCCCCCGGACGAAACCGAAUUGUUCCUCCGGGAUCAGCGUCGCUAUCUGUGGGGUUUCCCUCAGUCGAUCGAGGAUGAUCGCCUCCGCUAA